CAUUUGAACAAAAAAAAAACAAAAAGAAGAGGGAGGAGGGAGGAAGGAGGAAGGAGAGAGACUUUAUAUACGAGGUAACAGGGCACUGUGGAAUUGCGCGUGUGGGUGUGUUGUUUGAGGUUGUUGUCGUUGGUUGUGUUGUGUUGUGUUGUGUGGGUUUUAUGAGAGUGAGUUUCACAUGGGGAGGGUUUUUGUUCUUGAAUUGGAUGGCAGAUCUUACGGAUGCAAAUUCUGCAACACCCCUCUUGCCCUCGCUGAUCACAUUCUCUCUCGGAAUUUCAACUGCAGUCAAGGGAGAGCCUACCUUUUCAGCAAAGUGGUGAACGUAAUACUUGGGCCUCAGGUGGAGAGAAUGAUGAUAUCUGGACUGCACACUGUUGAAGACAUAUUUUGUUGCAACUGUGGAAACCUUCUUGGAUGGAAAUAUGUUCUGGCACAUGAAAAGAAUGAAAUAUACAAAGAAGGGAAGUUUGUGCUUGAGAGGUGGACGAUAGUUGACAAUGAAGAGGAGGAAUUGAAUUCUGAUGCACAAGCUGGCUCUCAAACUGGCUCUCAAGCUGGCUCAAGUGACACAGAAAACGCCUAGCAAGUGGCUUCUUUUUCAUGAAUUUGAAGUAUUGUAGCUAGCAAUUAAUAUAUUAUAGUAUUAUUAUUAUACCUUUAGUAUUGUAGGUUGCAAAUAUAUUAUACCUUUAGUAUUCCUCAAGAUACAAUUUCACAUAGAAACUUCUUAGAGCAACUUAAGCUUAGCUCAUUUGCAGCAUAUAUAAGUCUUAAAUAUUGUCAUAGCGCACCGAAUCUUGCAAUAUAUUUAUGGAGGGCAUAUAAUUCAUCUUAUUUAUGAGUCGAA